AUGUCUUCAGACUUUGAACGCUUAGUUUCCUCUGCAAAUCCCGCUGCGAACCGGCCUUCCCAACCUGCGAACGGUCCACAGCAGCCCCCACGGCGCUCGCUCAAUCACGAGAACCCGUUCCUCAUUGACGACGAGCUUGACGACUUUGACGACACCCCGAGAACUGAUCCACGGCUUGCAUCGCGCCAAGCCUAUCAGGCAGGAUCCUCGGGGCCUUCGUACGCUAACCAACGUCCCAACGCAGAAUUUAAUCCGCUCGACGAGCCUAUUACCUCGUACGGACAACCUACACGGCUCGGACGAGAGCCUUCUGCGAAAUCGCAGCGUUCUGUUCAUGGUAGCGGCCAGCCGGAAGGAUGGAUAUUCGACUCGGAUGAACCUUCAAGAAAUGCGUCGACCCUCCAAGUCGGUGGAAAUGGUCCCACGUUCUCUGGCUCGAGAGUGUUCAACGGGUCUCUAAACGACUCGUCCGAAGGCCUACGUGUCGGCGGCCAGCGAGGCAAAAAGCGGCGGUCUUUCAAAUUCAAGAAGACAUGGAAAUGGCCAUGGGAAAAGGAGAAGGUACUUGUCGGCGAGCGCAUCGUCAUUCUGAACGACGAAGGUGCCAAUGCCGAGUCCGGUUUCGUCUCCAACUACGUGAGCACCAGCAAGUAUAAUAUCGUGACUUUCAUCCCCAAGUUUUUAUUCGAGCAAUUCUCAAAAUACGCCAAUACGUUCUUCCUCUUUACUGCCCUCAUCCAGCAGAUCCCCGGCGUUUCACCAACAAACCGGUUUACCACCAUCGCGCCGUUGGCAAUCGUACUGCUGGCAAGUGCAAUCAAGGAGACCCAGGAGGACCUGAAACGGCAUCAAUCCGACCGUGAACUGAAUGCGCGCCGCACACUCGUAUUGGACCCGUCUACUGGGACCUUUGUUGAGAGACCAUGGCGGAAAGUUCGUGUUGGAGACAUUGUUCGCCUACAGAAUAACGAAUUCAUCCCGGCGGACCUCAUUCUCUUGUCCAGCAGCGAACCAGAAGGAUUAUGCUAUAUUGAAACUAGCAAUCUAGAUGGGGAAACAAACCUCAAGAUCAAGCAAGCCUCGCCGCAAACCUCUCACCUGACAAACCCUUCAUCGGUCUUGGCACUACAGGGCACGCUUCGUUCUGAGCACCCAAAUAACUCGCUUUACACUUACGAGGGGACCUUUUCGAUUCAACCCUCGCCGUUGGCAGGAUUUACAACUGGCGAACGCCAAAUACCUUUGGGACCUGACCAAGUUCUGCUCCGUGGAGCACAAGUUCGCAAUACUCCUUGGCUCUACGGUUUUGUCGUUUUCACGGGUCAUGAUACCAAGCUCAUGCGGAACGCCACCGCAACGCCUAUCAAGAGGACCAAGGUCGAACGACAAGUCAACAUUCACAUUUUGUUCCUCUUCGCUGUUCUCCUCGCACUGAGUUUGGCCAGUAGUAUUGGAAGUGCCGUUCGAUCGUGGUUCUUCUCGAGCCAACAAUGGUAUCUCCUUUUGAAGGAAGUGCAAUCCAAUCGAGCGAGUCAAUUUGUGCAAGACAUCCUAACCUUUAUUAUUCUUUAUAAUAAUCUGAUACCCAUCUCCCUGAUUGUGACAAUGGAGGUCGUCAAGUUUCAGCAAGCGCAACUCAUCAACUUCGAUCUGGACAUGUACCAUGAGAAGACCGACACGCCAGCUCUUUGCAGAACGUCGUCUUUGGUUGAAGAGCUGGGACAGAUCGAGUAUAUCUUUAGCGACAAGACCGGCACGCUGACAUGCAACGAAAUGGUGUUCAAGAUGUGUAGCGUCGGGGGUGUUGCCUAUGCAGAGACGGUCGAUGAUUCCAGACGCGAAGAGGCCAGCGGCGGCCCCUGGAGGUCUUUCAAGGACCUAGAACUGGAACUGUCUAGCCUCAAGGCUGGAUCUCGUGAGGACGCCGUUCACCGCGAGGUACUCAAAGAGUUCCUGUCCCUGCUUGCUGUCUGUCACACCGUUAUUCCGGAAGUCAAGGAUGAUGGCAAGGUGAUUUAUCAAGCGAGCAGUCCUGAUGAAGCAGCACUUGUGGCAGGUGCCGAACUUUUGGGGUAUCGCUUCCACACUCGCAAGCCAAAGUCGGUGUUCGUUGAUAUUGCUGGUACCACGCAGGAGUUUGAGAUCCUGAAUGUGUGCGAAUUCAACUCGACCCGGAAGCGAAUGUCGACAGUCGUGCGAGGUCCGGAUGGAAAGAUCAAGCUCUACUGCAAGGGCGCGGAUACGGUCAUUCUCGAACGUUUGAGCCCUACACAACCUUACACGGAAGCGACCCUUGUUCAUCUGGAGGAAUACGCGACCGAGGGCCUGCGAACUCUGUGUAUCGCUUCCCGGGAAAUAUCAGAGUCGGAAUAUCGGGAGUGGUCCCAAAUUUACGACAAGGCAGCGCAAACUAUCAACGGUCGUGGCGAAGCAUUGGACAACGCGGCGGAGAUGAUUGAAAAGAACAUGUUCCUGCUUGGCGCAACAGCUAUUGAAGACAAGCUACAGGAUGGUGUUCCGGAUACAAUCCAUACGCUCCAGAUGGCCGGGAUCAAGGUCUGGGUGCUCACUGGCGAUCGCCAAGAGACUGCUAUCAACAUCGGAAUGUCUUGUCGACUGAUAUCUGAAUCCAUGAACUUGGUGAUCGUCAAUGAAGAAAAUGCCCAAGGAACAGAGGAAUUCCUCACGAAGCGUCUCAACGCUAUUAAAAGUCAACGUAAUACUGGCGAGCAAGAAGAUUUGGCACUCAUCAUCGACGGGAAGAGUCUGACAUUUGCACUUGAAAAGCCGCUUUCCAAGAUUUUCCUCGAACUUGCAAUCCUCUGCAAAGCCGUCAUCUGUUGUCGUGUCUCGCCCUUGCAGAAGGCUUUGGUUGUGAAGCUCGUAAAGAAAAACUCCGAGGCCAUUCUGCUGGCGAUCGGGGACGGGGCCAACGAUGUUAGCAUGAUUCAAGCUGCACACGUUGGCGUCGGUAUUUCUGGUGUAGAAGGACUUCAGGCUGCACGGUCUGCCGACGUUGCCAUUUCGCAAUUCCGUUAUCUGAAGAAGCUUUUGCUGGUCCAUGGCUCCUGGAGUUAUCAGCGACUCAGUAAACUCAUCCUUUACUCGUUUUACAAAAACAUUGUCUUGUACAUGACGCAGUUUUGGUAUUCUUUCAGUAACAACUUUUCGGGACAAAUCGCCAACGAAUCAUGGACCCUUUCAUUCUACAACGUGUUCUUUACCGUCCUUCCGCCACUGGUGAUUGGCAUCUUCGACCAAUUCGUUUCGGCGCGCAUGCUCGAUCGUUAUCCUCAACUCUACAUGUUGGGACAAAAGAAUACUUUCUUCACCAAGACUGCGUUUUGGAUGUGGAUUAUCAACGCGCUAUACCACAGUAUAAUUCUCUAUGGCUUUUCUAUAAUCCUGUUCUGGGGUGAUCUAAAAGAGUCGAAUGGGUUCGACUCUGGCCAUUGGUUCUGGGGCACUACGCUAUACCUCGCUGUCCUCUUGACAGUAUUGGGCAAAGCAGCACUUGUAUCUGACCUGUGGACAAAAUACACUGUGGCCGCGAUUCCGGGAUCAUUCGUCUUCACCAUGAUAUUCCUUCCUCUCUACUGCUGGAUUGCACCCAUGCUCAACUUCUCGACCGAGUACGACGGCCUUGUUCCCCAACUUUGGACCAAUAGCGUCUUCUACUUUACACUCAUCCUCUUGCCGGCUGUCUGCCUCGUGCGGGACUUUGUGUGGAAAUACUGGCGAAGGACAUAUCGGCCGCUCUCUUACCAUAUUGCCCAAGAGCUUCAAAAGUACAAUAUUCCGGAUUAUCGCCCGCGGCAGGAACAAUUCCAAAAGGCGAUCAAAAAGGUCCGCGCGGUGCAGCGGAUGCGGCGUAAUCGUGGGUUUGCGUUUAGCCAGACAGAAGACGCUGGUCGACAGGACCAAGCCAAACUGAUCCGUGCCUACGAUACCUCGCAGUCGCAUCAGAAGCCAAGCGGUCUCUAG